AUGGAAAAAUAUUUCAAAAGAAAGCUACCACUAGAAUCUGAAGUCACUCUAUUAGUCUCUUCUACUAAAAAGAAGUUCUUAGAAUUCAAUGUGAAAAGUCUGGUAGCUAAUCCUGGACAACGACCCAAAAUUUCAAAUUAUGAUCCAAAUGACAGAGAUGAAGUUAGACGAGCUUAUUUACAAAAAGGUCCUUGUCAACCAAGAGAACAUGAUUUUUCACAAAUAUAUUUUGGAACUUCUCUCCGUAGAUUUAAUGCUGAUUGGUUUGAUGAAUUUGACAAUUGGUUGGAAUAUAGUAUUUCAAAAGAUGCUGCCUUUUGUCUCUGUUGCUAUCUUAUGAAACCUGAUGGUGCGAGUGGUGAUGCUUUUCUAAAAGAGGACUUUUCAAAUUGGAAAAAGAAGGAGCGAUUACAAACACAUGUUGGAAAUCAUGAUAGUGCUCAUAAUCAAGCUCGAAGAAAAUGCGAAGCACUCAUGAAGCAAAAGCAACAUAUUGAAGUUAUUUUUCAAAAGCAUUCAGACCAAGCUAAAAGAGAUUACCGAACUCACUUAACAGCAACAAUUGAGUGCAUUACGUUCUUAUUGCGACAAGGAUUGAUCUUGAAAGAAAAUGCUUGUGCUUUUUAUGUUCAUUGUUUUGCUCACCAACUUCAAUUAGCACUUGUGGUUGUUGCAAAGAAACAGGUCGAAAUUGCACUACUUUUUAAUUUGCUUGCUAGUUUGUGCAAUAUUGUUGGAGCUUCUUGUAAACGUAAAGACAUGCUUUGUGAAAGUCAAAUGCAAAAGACAAUUGUUGCAUUACAAAAUGGAGAUGUUUCUAGUGGGCGUGGCUUAAAUAAAAAAACAACAUUGAAAAGGGCAAGUGAUACUCGAUGGGGCUCACAUUAUGGUACAAUACUUAGCUUGAUUUCUAUUUUUUCUUCCGUGGUAGAAGUUUUUGAAGUCAUUGAGGAAGAUGAAAAUAAUCCUGAACAAAGAGCUGAAGCAUGCCAAUUAUUGAAUCAUAUUCAAUCUUUUGAAUUUGUAUUCAAUUUACAUUUAAUGAAAAUUAUAUUAGGAGUUACUAAUGAGUUGUCUCAAGCUCUACAAAGAAAUGAUCAAGACAUUAUAAAUGCUAUGACAUUAGUUAAAGUGUCCAAGCAACAAUUGCAAAGUAUAAGAGACGAUGGUUGGUCCUCUUUGCUCAAUGAAGUUUCACUAUUUUGUGAUAGUCACAAUAUUCUUGCUCCAAAUAUGAAUGAUAUAUUUGUAACACAAGGAAGAUCAAGGCGCAAAAUUCAAAAGGUCUCAAACUUGCAUCAUUUUUAA